AUGCAUUCCAGAGCAGUGUGUGCGAUUGGUUGGUCGCUACGGUUGUACAUUGUUGGUCAGAUGGUGCUAAACUCAGUGAUCGUUGUGCAUAGUUUUGCGAUCGCGUAUGUGAGCAGCCUUGGAACGAUAUUGAAUCCGGUUCGUCGUCGUAGACUGCCGUUGCUAUUCUAUGUGCGCUGUCCGCUUGUGGUUGCUGAAGUCGCAUGGAACGUUGCCGGUUCGGUGUGGUCAGCUCAGGCAACGUCUGACUGUGAACAUUUGUUUUUGCUGUUCGUACGGGCAUCGCUGACUGUCUCAUGGCUCAUUGUGAUCAUGACAUUGUUCGGCGCUUGGCUGAUGUUCGACCCUCUUGGUAACAUGCAUCACGACGAUUUUAACCUGGUAUUACAGAACAAGCGUAUAUGGCAGUCUCGGUUACAAACCGUGUUCUGUUGCACCGGUGCCACGAGUGAUCAAUUGAAAUCUGCCCUGGAAGGCACGGCCGAACUGCUCUCAUUUCUGUUCUGCGACAAGGACCUUGUGUUCACUGACCUUUGGGCAGGUAUUAUUAUUUUGGUUUUUUUGUUUUCAUAUUUUGUUUACGUCGGACGACAAGAUCCGUUGCUUAAACCGCGGGCAUUGAAGUAA